AUGGCGGGCCUAUUGAAGUAUGUAGUAAACUCUAGGGGCGCUAUACCAUCGUAUUGCUUUGCGGAGGAUAGCCUGGUGCCCGAAAACUGCUACAAAGUCACAUCGACAGAAGAGAAACACGAAGUACCUUUAGUCUCAUUCGAAUCGACGCUUCCAAAAUACGAUAGUCAUUGUCAACAACAGCCAGUGAGACCACCGCCAGGUUUUCAUCCUCUCAGUGAACAACGCUUUCCGUCUAAUGCCUCUAGGAGUUUCCAGAACGGUUCCUUUAAAAACCCAUCAACAAACGCGUCGAACACGAAGUCGUCGGUCUUCGGCGAUGUGAGAACGAAUCCAUUCCUAUCUGAUGAACAAUUUAUUCCUAGUGAUGUCGUCAAACAGUUAUACAUGACAGUCUGGAAUGAGAAUAAACAGUUACAUACUGGGGUGACUGAAAUUCUCUAUGAUUUACUAGAACAUUCAUCACUCUCAUUGAAGAAUCAGAUUCAAUUAAAUAAGAUUUUGAAGAUUAUUAAAAAGACUUUAUUGAAUCAAAAAGAUGGUUUCACUGAUAUGAAAAUUCCGACAUCAGUUAAUUUUACAAGCGGAAUGACAUCGAACGAUGUUGAUUUAACACAAAAAGCAUCAUAUAAUUUAAACAAUGAAACUGUCGCGAAUCAAGAGCCUAAUGUAAAUACUCCCUCGAUGUCUAAUCCGUUUGCCAUAAACAUCGAUGACAAACCACAGUGUAACACCGCAUCUUCUGCUUACGGUUUAGAUAGUUUCUCUUUUAAAAGCAAUUGGAGUCAAUCCGAUGAGUUUAGUUCGCGUAUGCAAAUACCUCCUUCAACAGCAACUCCCACAUCGUCAAUGUUCAUUAAUUAUAUACCACCAGUCAAUACUUUCUUUUCAAAAGCUAAUCAGGAUGGCGAAAACAUUUCUGUAAUGACACCAGUACCUCCUGCGGUGCCAAUGAAUACUAAUACCUUGAAUAAUUUCUCAGAAUUCCUAAAUAAUAUGAACAACCAAUUUACCAGUAUGCUCAAAGAUACAAAUCCCUUCAAGUUUUCCAUGACUGAUGUUUCUGGAAGUAAUGAAAUGCAAGCUUCAGAAACGCAAACUGAGCAAAUUGUUAGUAACUACGAUACAGAUAUCGCAUCGUAUCUCUCGACUAAAAAUCUGCAAAGUAAUGCUUUGAAAACAGAAACUGCGAAUAUUCAUGCUAGGAAUAAUGGCUUUACAUCUAUCAGCAACCUGGGACAUGUCAAUGAAAGUUACACUCCGAGAAUCGUUUAUGAAUCCGGUCCGAUAACGUAUAAUAUACAGAAGAAACAACCAGACUUAGAAACAAAUGCAAAUGUAAAGCAAAACGCCUGUAGUAGCAACUUUGAUAAUAUUCAGAACGCUCAGUCACUCAAAUUAGAACAAAAUAGUAAAAAACUUGCAUCACAGGUUUCACAGUCUGCAAACGAUAUUGCUUCUUUGCAUAAUCAGCACACUGUAAUAAAUAACAAUAUAAGAGAUAAUUUUCAAAAUGACGAGAACUAUGUUACUCGACUAUCGACAUAUUUCAUGCAAGGUUCACAACUGACAAAUAGCGAAUCGAUUUACCGACACCAAAACAGUGCCCCAGACAAUUUGCAAACUGUAUCGUCACAAUCUUGGAAUCAAUUCGAGAUUCCAGAUUGGGCAAAUUCGAAGUUCCAAAACAGCAUUCCUUUAUUGAAUCACAACGAGAAAACUUUAUCUUACCAAGAUUGGAACUGUGAUAGCGAUAGAAAAUCAGUACCUCGGAAAACUGAAGUAACUAAUUCCAGUAAUAUUUUUAAAGUUAAUGACAGUCACGACAAAGAGAAACUCGGGGAUAUUAACACGAAUUCUUGGCAAAACAAUGAGAAGGAAUCUGUGCAGAACAGGAAUGCGGCCUUUUUCAGCCCUUUUGUAUUUCAGAAAAUUGAUUCAGUUGAAGGCAUAACGUUUAUAUUUAAUUUCGAACAUGACGGUUGGAUAUUGACAAAUGAGUUUGUAGAAGCCUUUACGAAACUGAAGUUUCUCUCUUUUUUUACUAUGGUAGAUACGUUGAAUAUAAAAGUUACUUUCAAAGAAAUUCUAAGAUCUCAGUAUCCGCUUCAGUUUUCACAACUAGACAGAUAUUCCUUAAAUGUUCCUCGUGAUUCUGAAAAACGUAUUCUUUCUAUUCAUUUGAUCUCGUUGCAAACCGCGUUGGCAUUAUUGCACAAGUUGAAGAUAGUUUCGCGAGAUCAAAUAGAGAAUGCUUUCAAGAAGAAUGAAUUUGUAGCUGGUUCUGUUCUACCUAUUUUGUGGACUUUGAUCGUUACUUAUCGCGACCUGAAACAACAAAUUGAACUAUUUUCAAAUUAUAUAUAAAUGUGUAACAAAAAAUAAACACACACACACACACACACAC